AUGGCAGAACCACCAGCAAAGCGCGCGCGCCGCGGCGACAACGCAGCAACGUGGGAGCAAAGCGACCGCGCAGCACCACCACGGCGUGACGACCGACGCGGAAACCACGGCCGCGACGACCGGCGAGAGCGUCACGAGGGACGACGGGAACGAACUCCUGACCGGGGACCAGGCGGCGUGAGCGGCAGGAGGGACCAUCGGGACGCUCGUGACGGCCGCGAUGGGAGAGGCAAGCGAGACAGGAGCAGAAGCAGGGAGCGAAAUCCGCCCCGACGGAAUGAAGCACGAGCACGUUCACGGUCGCCGCAACGGGAAGGCGCGAGAGAAGGCGUGCGCCGACGGUCACCACCGAGGGGACCACGAGGAGGCGCACAGAGCGAGCGGGCAGCAAAUGGCGGCGACAGACCAUCGAGCUCGAAAACAGGACCGACCCAGCCCAGCGCAAAGGUACCCAACGGCCCCAGAGUACCCACCGUGAAAACCGAAAGCAAGGGAGAGGACGUGGGCGACGCGAUCGAUCCUAAAACCGAGCCAGGAGAUGACGACGACAUGGAGGCGCAGAUGCGUAAGAUGAUGGGCUUUGGCAAUUUUCGCACCACUAAGAACACGAAGGUGCCUGGGAAUGACAAGAACUACGCCGUGAGGAAGGAGAAGAAGACAGAAUAUCGCCAGUACAUGAACAGGGUGGGAGGGUUCAACAGGCCGCUCAGUCCGUCGAGGUGA